GACAAUCAAUUGACUCGCACGACUCUGACCCCAUUGUGAAUAUCAUUUCGCGACUUUUCCGUUCGCGUAAAGAACAGUGUCCAAAUAAACGCAAAAAAACAACGAGAGAAUUUCAUUCACCAAUCAUUCUACGGCUUUACUUCUACUUCUACUAUAAAAAGAAAGAAUAUAUGGAUACUUAUAUGGCUUUAACUCAACCUGACAGUGUCAUCAUAAAAAAAGAAGAAUUAGCGAAUGGUUACAUAACUACCCAGUUUGACACUGACAAUAUAAAACAAGAAGAAGAAUCUACCAAUACUCUUACAGCUUUAACUCAACUUGAAACCUCCUUUACUAAUUUGUCAAUUGAUCAACGCCUUCGUUGUCAGAUAUGUAAUGAAUAUUAUGAGCUACCAGUGUCAACGAAAUGCCAACAUACUUUUUGUGCGGGGUGUUUAAAGUGUAAUUUUGAAAAUAAAGCAACAGCUAUGGAGUGCCCUGUAUGUGGAUAUAUGUUUACAUCUUUUACACAAAUAUGUAAGAAUAGUCUUAUUGAAGAUUUUGUGAAAGAAUAUGAGAAAAUGAGACCACUAAUAACACAACUAUACAAUCAGGGUCUUCAAGUCAGCAAUGAGAAAACUAUAGUGACCUCAGAAUCACACGAAUUAACCAAUAACGAUGGAGAAAAUAAUAAUCCAUCCAAACGGAUAAAAAUUGAAGACAGUGAGCAGCAGAAUGUCCAUAACAAUGUUGAGAAUUGUGACAAACACUUAGAUAAGAAACCAAAAGUUGUAUAUGCAUUACUUAAAGACAAAGCUUUAAAAGAAGAGUUAAGGAGAGAAGGAUUGUCAUCACAUGGUACUAGGGAAGAGUUGAUUAGGCGCCAUGCUCAUUAUCUGAACCUUUGGAAUUCAAAUGUUGAUGCCACGAAAAGAAAAGAUAGAAUUGAAUUAAUAAAAGAAAUGGCCAGAUGGGAGAAGGCACAACGAAGCGGUGAAGUAAAGAAGGCUGUCAAUGUUAAAAAGCCAAGAAAGGCCAAAAAAGAGAAAAAACAUAUUGAAUUAUAUCAACAUUAUAUUUCUUCUUGUAAGACAUUUUAUCAAAUGCAAUUGUUAUUGCCGGGUAAUCAUCUGUGA